GCGGCCGGGAGCGCUGUACGAGUUUCCAGCAUGACGAUGCAGCAGCGUUGCGAGACGUUGACGCUGAAGGUGGCUGACUCCAUCAUCAACCACCUGCGGGAGAACUUCUUCGCCGAUGAGCCUCUGAACAAGGCGGUGGGGCUGUGCGAGCGUGGACAACCGCACGCGGCCUUGGAGGAGCUCUGCACGGCCACUUUGGAAGAUGGGCUCUCUUUGGCCACUUUUGCCGACGAGGCCAACCGAAAGGUCUCCGCAGUGGCCUUGAAUGGCGUCUUAUGACCCGGAGACAUCGAGGUGUCCCUGGCGAAACUCAAACAAUCGACCGACGAGAAGUUCAACAAGAUCUUCACCAUCCUGUACACCGUGACCCGCGACCUGAAGCUGUUUUCGAAGUUUGACGUGGACCGUAUCCUGGAGUGCCGCAUCAUCUCUGUGUCGGAGACGGAGAGAGGCAAGGGGGUGGCUAAGGCGCUGAUGCAGAAGACCAUAGACCUCGGCCGCCAGGAGGGGUUUAAGCUGUUCAAGGUGGAUGCGACCGGCGCGUACUCGCAGCGCAUCUGUGCCAGCCUCGGCCUGCGCGAGCUGUGCAAGGUGCCCUACGCCAGCUACCUCGACGACACCGGGAAGCCGGUCUUCGACGUCCCCGAGCCUCACACCGCUCUCUCCGUCAUGGUCCUCGAACUAGAACCAUGCCUCCGCAAGGUCCCUCUCCCCAUCAUGGUCACAGUAAAGCAGGAGCCGCUCGACGAGUCCGAGCUUGAACAACUCAAGCAACUCGACCUCCGCACUAAAAAGCCUCUCGUUGCGGAGGCUGAUUCCACAGUGGAAGACCCCGGGAAUCAGGAAGAACCUCCGAAGGCUCCUCCUGCUAACCCUGAGCCUGCAGAGGAACCUGCAAACGAUUCCGAGCCCAGGGAGCGUGAUCCUACCAUCCCCGAUUCUACCAAUACUGAGUAAUCUGGUAAGAAGAAGUAGCCUUUACUCUUAGAGUGGCUAUUUAUAAUGGAGCUGCACCAGCUCGGAUUAAGGGUUUGUUGUAAGGGCUACUUAAGUUUUUAGCAGAAAGGUUAACAUUUUAAAUGCUACCUUUUUUGCUGUCAAAAAGAAUCAGGGGACUUGCCACAUCUGCCAAUCAUGGUGGGUGCAUGCAUGCUUGAUUAUUUUGUCGUCUAAUAAUAUUCACCAACUGGUGAACCAUAUUUAUUGGAAGGGGUAUUUAUUUGUAACCCUAUCAAUGUUGUAGUACUGUCACUAUCUUUGAAAAGAAGAAAAGGCUUUUUUUGUAAAGGAAAUUGUCAAAGUUCCCACACAAAUUGCUCUAAAAUCAUACCAAACUUGCAAAUUGUUUUAAACUUAAAUUAUUUUCAAAAACAGCAACCAUUAUUCAAAUUUUAUUUUUACGACAGUAAAUUAAAUGGAAUUGAAUACAAUUCAAUCAAAAAAGUAAUCAAUGUGAGUGCUUUCGAGAUUAAUUUUCAUUUGGGACUUACAAAUACGACCUUGGAUUAUUGUAAUCUCUUAUGUUUAUUGGUUUUAAGGCGAAUUUAGACAACUUCCUUUUGCGCCAAAGUUUAUGUGUAUGAUGUUUGUGUCUAAAUUGCUGGUCUAGUAAUAACAUCUCACUUAAUUUCAUCAAUAAAUAGGUAUUCUAGAAAGCCUUUAUAUCAAUUCAAGAAUUAUUUUGGCCUAAUUACAAAAACACUGUCUGUCUCCUAUGAAAUUUUAUUAAAUUUAUUUAAAUUAAGGUAUUAUUAUGGUGGUGCGGCACAAAGUAUUUUGAUAUAAUUAUACUGUUUAAAAUAAUGUCUUGUUUAUAUGCGGACAAUACGACUUUACAUUUUUAAUUUAAAGUUAGAAAUUCUAAAAAAU